AUAUCACCAUGGUAAAGCCCAAAACCCCACACGCACUUGGAUCCCAAAAAUCAACAUAAACCCUCCCUUCCUCUACACUCUUCCCUCAAAAGACCAAAUCGAUCCUUCUUCCCUCAACCACCACCAUGAGAAGGGCUUCCACUCUCGCCUCCAUCCCCGUCCUCUCCCGAUCCAUCGCCACCCUCCACGGCGGCUCAGCCUCCGCAGGCCACCGCCUUCUCCGUGCAGCUCUCUUCAGCACCGCCGGAAGCUCCGGUUCUCACGCUCGCCGUCCCUGGUCCGAGUCAUUUUCCGGUCGAAAGCUGGCUCUCGGCUUCGCCGGAACUCUGGCCUCGGUGGCUGUAGCCACGUCGCUCGCUCAGGAAGUCUAUGCCAAAGAGCCGCCUCCGGCUGAGCUCAUGCCCAAGGGGGUUGUGCUCUACCAGUACGAAGCUUGCCCUUUCUGUAACAAAGUUAAAGCAUUCUUGGACUACUAUGAUAUACCAUACAAAAUUGUGGAGGUUAACCCACUCAGCAAGAAAGAGAUCAAGUUUUCGGAGUACAAGAAGGUUCCAAUAUUGAUGGUGGAUGGGGAACAACUAGUUGAUUCAUCAGAUAUAAUUGAUAACUUGACUGCGAAGAUUCUUCCCGACAGAGUAGGGGAGAGAGUAGAAGUUUCUACUGCGAAUGAGGAUGAUGAAGAGAAAAAGUGGCGCAAGUGGGUUGAUAAUCACCUGGUGCAUAUGUUAUCACCAAACAUAUACCGAAAUACAUCUGAGGCCCUUGAGUCCUUUGACUAUAUCACAAGCAAUGGUAAUUUCAGUUACACAGAAAAAAUUACAGUGAAGUAUGCUGGUGCUGCAGCUAUGUACUUCGUGUCUAAGAAACUGAAGAAGAAAUAUAACAUUACUGAUGAACGAGCAUCCCUGUAUGAAGCAGCAGAAACAUGGGUUGAUGCUCUAGAUGGUCGGGAAUUCCUUGGGGGGUCAAAACCUAAUUUGGCUGAUCUAUCUGUUUUUGGGGUGUUAAGACCUAUCCGUUAUUUGAGAUCUGGUAAAGAUAUGGUUGAGCACACGCGCAUAGGAGAAUGGUACUCGAGAAUGGAGCGUGCUGUAGGAGAGCCUGCAAGGAUUAAGGACUAGAUGGGAAAAAUCCUCUGAAGUCAGUAGCUGGAUUCUGUACUUCAUUUUUUUGAGUUUGCCGUUUCCGUGGCCAAACUAAAUCAAACACAAAGAACAAACAUUCUCCUGGAGCUCGGUUCUAAAUUGACCGGGAUAUAUGCAAAUAUUUUGCCGCCAUUCAAUUAGUUUGAUAACCGAAAGUGUUUAUUAUCUCACUAUAUAUGAUUGUUCUCAGCAGUGUAGGCAAUAAAGAUCGAUCCACAAUGUGUUGUAUACUUUGUUCAGAUCUAAUUAUAUUGUUGACAACUUUACUCUGUCGAUACAAUUGGUUUAGAGAA